UCGUUUUCCGCAUUUCUGACGUCAAUGCUAAAUUCGUUGAAUUUUGCUUUUUGUAGUUAAAUAUAUUACAAAUUGUUAUAAUUUAUUAAUAUUUUACUGUUAUAUAAAAUCCCUCAAGAGCUUAUCUUAUAUAAAAAUGCCACGUGGAAAGUAUACUAACCACAAGGGUCGCAAUCGCAAGUUCACUAGUCCCGAGGAACUUGAAGAACAACGCAAGCAAGAGGAGCUCAAGCAAAAGUGGAGAAAGGAACAUGGUGAUGAGACAUCCAGUGAUGAGUCAGAUGAAGAUAAAUCUGGCUCCGGAAGUGAAGAAAGUGAUUCAGAUGAUGAUCACCCCACAAAAGCAAAAGGAGUUUCUGGUCUCAUUGAAGUAGAAAAUCCAAACCGUGUUGUGAAGAAAAACAAGAAAUUGUCAAAUCUGAAUACCAUCGGUGAAGCUGAAAAACCUCAACUAUCCAGGCGUGAACGUGAAGAAAUUGAGCGCCAGCGAGCUGCAGCGGCUUAUCAGAAGGCGCACGCUGAGGGCAAGACUGACCAGGCGAGGGCAGAUCUGGCUCGGCUAGCCAUCAUCCGCCAGCAAAGAGAAGAGGCAGCUAAGCGACGAGAAGCAGAGAAGAAAGCGAAAGAGGAGUCCACAACCAAAAAGAGGUAGAGCAAUUGAUAUUAUGACCAAGAGGAUAUUUCU